UCCCCGCUCCCCCGGCGGUGCAGGUGACUGUGCCCGCUAAGGGGCGCUCGCUCCGCGGGUCGGUGGCGGUGAGGGCGGAGGCCCCGAGCUCCCCCGGGCCUGCGCGCGGCCGCGCCCCGAAGUCAGCGCAGGAGCCCUGAUCGCCCGGAGUCCGGAAGCGCGCAGAUCCGAGCGCGGGCAAUCGGGACGCGGGAGCAGACAGCGCGCAGGAGCCAGGGCGCCCGGGGUGGCCGAGUCUCCUGACAGGAUGACUAUGGGCAUCUUUGCAAAUUGUAUCUUCUAUUUGAAAGUCAAAUAUUUACCUCGUCAGCAGAAGAAAAAGCUACAAUCUGACAUUGAGGAAAAUGGUGGAAAGUUUUCCUUCUUAUUAAAUCCUCAGUGCACACAUGUAAUCUUGGACAAUGCCGACAUUCUGAGUCAGCACCAGCUGAACGCUAUCCAGAAGAACCACAUCCAUCUUGCUAACCCAGAUUUUAUAUGGGAAUCCAUCAAAGAAAGGAGACUCUUGGAUGUGAAAAACUACGGUCCUAAUAAGUCACAGGCUGUCACGCCACCCCCUGACCCAAAGCCUAGUAGUUUUGAAAUGGAAACAGAUGAUCUAUCCUUGGACAGCAUCCCAGAGAAGGAAAACCCAGAAGUCACUGAGUUUUAUGAAGAAAAUACUGUGAUUCCUAAUUUCCCUGAAGACUUUGAAGUUGCAAAAUAUAAUAUCUUGGAAAAAGUGGGAGCAGAUGGAGGCCAGGAAGCCGUGGUCGUGGAGCUGCAAUGCUCCCCGGACACUGAGGACUGUCCUUUUGUGAUAGCUGCACACUUCCUCCUUGUUGACAGCAUGCAGACAAGAAGACAGUUCACAGUAAAGAAAACCUCUGCAGGUGCAAGUGAGUUUUACGAAAAUUACAUUGAAGACCUGAAGAAACAAGGAUUCCUGCUCAGAGAACAUUUUACACCCGAAGUCACUCAAUUAGCAUCUGAAAAGUUGCAAGCAUUGCUUUUGGAGGAGGUCAAAAAUUCCAGCCCUCUGAGCCGGGAGGUGAGCGAUUUAGUGGAGCUGAUUUGGGCAGAAGCCCUGGGCCACCUGGAGCACAUGCUUCUCGGGCCAGUGAACAGGAUUAGCCUCAAUGAUGUUAACAAGGCAGAGGGGAUUCUCCUUCUAGUAAGGAAGGCACUGAAGAGUGGAGAAAUGGCAGAACAGUUGCAGAAGAUGAUGACUGAGUUCUACAGACUGAUCCCUCACAAGAGGGCACCAACCGGAGAAGUCAACCUGAGACUAUUAGCUAAGAAGGAGGACCUCUGCCAGCUAAUAAGAGACAUGGUUAAUGUCUGUGAAACUCACUUGAACAAACCUAAUCCACCAGCUCUUGCCAAGUAUCGAGCUUUAAGAUGCAAAAUUGAGCAUGUUGAACAAAACACUGAAGAAUUUUCCAGAGUUAGAAAAGAGGUAUUGCAGAAUAAUUGCAGUAAAAGUCCAGGAGAUAUCCUGCAGAUAUUUAGAGUUGGCAGAAUGAAUGAAGCCACCGAGUUUCUGAGCAGACUUGGCAACGUGAGGCCCUUGUUGCAUGGAUCUCCCGUACACAACAUUGUUGGAAUUUUGUCCCGAGGGUUGCUUCUACCCAAAGCAGCUGAAGAUCAUGGCGUGCAAAGAACAGACAUUGGAAAUCUGGGCAGUGGGAUUUAUUUCAGUGAUGCCCUCAGCACAAGCAGUAAGUACUCACACCCAGGACAGAUGGACGGUGCCAGACUCCUGGUCGUCUGCGAUGUGGCUCUUGGAAAGUGUAUGAAUGUCUUCCAGAAGGACUUUUCCUUAACGGAAGCACCACCAGGCUACGACAGUGUGCAUGGAGUUUCACAAACUGUCUCUGUUCCCACAGACUUUGAGGAUGAUGAAUUUGUUGUGUAUAAAACCAAUCAGGUUAAAAUGAAAUAUAUUGUGAAAUUUUGCAUGCCUGGAGACCAAAUAAAGGACUUUCAUCCAUGUGUUAACACUGAGGUAGAGGAGUAUGGACCUGAGCUUUCCAAUUUUUCAAGGGUUGAAGAACAUGCAGAUUACCAGUUACCAGAUGCCAAACCUCCCAGCAAUGUCAAGGUCGGCCUUCAGGAUGCCUCUGGGCAUUCGGUUCCUCUGGAGGAUGUUCACAUCAAGGGGAGGAUCAUAGACUUUGUAGCCCAGGUCAUUGUUUUUCAGACAUACACAAAUCACAGUGAUGUGCCCAUUGAGGCAAAGUUUAUCUUUCCUCUGGAUGACAAGGCAGCCGUGUGUGGUUUCGAGGCGUUCAUCAAUGAGAAGCACAUAGUAGGAGAGAUUAAAGAAAAGGAAGAGGCCCAGCGAGAAUACCGGGAAGCUGUCAGCCAAGGCCACGGCGCUUACCUGAUGGACCAGGACGCUCCGGAUGUGUUCUCCGUAAGUGUUGGAAACUUGCCUCCUAAGGCUAAGGUUCUCAUCAAAAUCACCUACAUCACAGAACUCAGCAUGCAGGGCUCUGUGGCUGUCUUCUUCCUGCCCACCACUGUCGCACCCUGGCAGCAGGACAAGGCCUUGAAUGAACACCUUCAGGAUACAGUAGAGAAGAUUUGCAUAAGAGAAAUAGGAGCAAAGCAAAGUUUCUCCUUGGCUAUAUCAAUUGAGAUGCCAUAUGUGAUUGAAUUCAUUUUCAGUGAUACACAUGAACUGAAACAAAAGAGGACAGACUGCAAAGCUGUGAUUAGCACUGUUGAAGGCAGCUCUUUAGACAGCAAUGGAUUUUCUCUCCACAUUGGUUUGUCUGAUGCCUAUCUCCCAAGGAUGUGGGUUGAAAAACAUCCAGAAAAAGAAAGCGAGGCUUGCAUGCUUGUCUUCCAACCCAAUCUUGACACCACCCUCCCAGGCCUAGGUGACAAGAAUAAAGUGAUUAUUUGUCUCGAUUGCUCCAGUUCCAUGGAGGGUGAGACAUUCACUGAAGCCAAGAAAAUAGCUUUGUAUGCACUGUACUUGGUGGGCAAGGAGCAAAAAGUAAACAUUGUCCAGUUCGGCACAGGUUAUAAAGAGUUAUUUUCAUAUCCGAAGUACAUCACGAACAAAAAUGUGGCAACAGAGUUCAUCAUGUCUGCCACUCCCAGCAUGGGGAACACGGACUUCUGGAAAACGCUCCGAUAUUUAAGUUUACUGAGCCCUUUGCAAGGGUUGCAGAACAUUCUCCUCAUAUCCGAUGGACACCUUCAGAAUGAGAGUUUGACAUUGCAACUCAUGAAAAGAAAUGUCCACCACACCAGGAUGUUCACCUGUGGGGUCAGUUCUACAGCAAAUCGUCAUAUCUUAAGGACUUUGUCCCAGUAUGGUGCCGGAGUGUUUGAAUAUUUUAACUCAAAAUCCAAACAUUGUUGGAAAAAACAGAUAGAAGACCAAAUGAACAGGUUGCGGUCCCCUGGUUGCCACUCUGUUUCCAUCAAGUGGCAGCAGAUGGGCACGUGUGCUGCGGAGCCCCUCCAGGCGCCCGCCCGCGUGCGGUCCUUGUUCCACAAUGAUCGCCUCCUGGUCUACGGAUUUGCUCCCCACUGCACCCAGGCUACUCUAUGUGCGUUAAUCCAAGAGAAAGAAUUUUCUACGAUAGUGUCAACUACUGAGCUUCAGAAGACAACUGGGACUGGCAAGGGCACAGUCUGGGAACACUGUCCCAUUCAGAUGCCAGUCUCAGGUGGUAAGAUCCUCAGUUUGUCCACACAUCUGUCUAAGUUGAGUAGAAGGAGGAGGACCCCUUAAUCCUUCCUCGGGUGGAGUAAUUUGUUGUAAUAGCUUACAGAACUCAAGAAAACAGUUGUGUUACUGAUUUAUUAUGGUAAAAGACAAAAUUAUGACAAUUUAAAGAUUUGUUUUGACAAUACUGGAAUUUGAACUCAGGGCUUUAUUCUUGCUAGGCAAACACUGUACUGCU